AUGACAAGUACUACUGAACAAACAGUUAUUAAUAUGAAACAAAAACCAAUCGUAGAAAAUACUGUUGUGGUCAAUGAACCAAUAAAUUCACAACAAGUAUCACUUGAAACAGUUGUUGCCAAUGUGGAUAAUCUUAUUGUCAACGAUGUAAAAAAUGAGAAAAUGCCAGAAUCAGAUCAAUUACUAACCCGUGGUAUUAGUAAAAAGGCAUCAACUAAAAAGUCUUUUAAAUCAGCGAUACCACUUGUUACUGUUGUUAUUAUGAUUAUUCCACUUUUACAAUUAAUUAUUGGUUGGCACUAUGCAAACAAAUGCCCUUUUAAUUGGCAUAUACCACAUUAUUUAGUUGUAUCAGGUGUUAUUGGACUUAUUCUUAUUACAUUAAAUGCGGUUUUAGAUUUUUUGGCAUCUCAUGCUAAAUCCAUGUUAGAUGAUGCUACUGUUCGAGCGUCUCAUUGUGGAGCUUGUUGUGGUAUGUGUGGUCUGUUAAUAGUUAUUAGCGGUCUUAUCAUAUUUCUCGUUGGUUGGUCUAUUGCUGGAUGCAUUUGGGUAUUUCGUGCAUGGAAUAAAAUUCAAUAUGAAAAUCCAGAUCGAUAUGAUUAUUGUCAUCCAACAUUAUAUCGUUUUGCAUAUUGGCUAUUUUUUCUAUCAAUUACAUACAUAUUAUUCUCCUGCUGCCGUAUGUGUACCCAGGCACCUAAACAAAUAACUAAUAAGACAAAAGGCCCUGUUAUACCUUCUGUGAUAAUAACAGAAGCAUAA